CACUAACUGCUGUCAAAACGUUUUUUUAUUCACUCAGUUUCGCACUCAGUGUCGCACUAGUUCGCCCCGAAAGCUGUUAGUUUCGCACUGAGAUGUUUCACGGGUUGGCACUCGGGUUCACCAAUACAACUAUACUGAACUGUCAAGUUCCGAGUAUUGUUUUGGAAAAUAUAAAAAUAGAGACUAUGAAAAUGGAAAACCUGCUGCUCUUGCUUUUGUAUUAUUUGAAUCGUAAUCCAAUUCGGAUUCUGAUUUUGAAGAGUAUAUUCGUGUAGACGGCAUUAAGCUCCGUGUGCUUUCAUUGGGAGGCGAAAAUUAUUAUGGAUAUUCAGGAGGAAUAAACAUGCUCUCAAAAUCAAAAUUAGGAAUGAAAAUUUACUUUAACGUAUCGAAUAUUUAUUUUAUGUGAUGAAAUAAGAGGGUUUUUUCCGAUAUCGCAGAAAUAUUGAACGAAAACUGUGUCUAAUGAUGAUUUUAUAUUAUAAUAGUAAUUAUUUGUGGAACAAACAGGUUGGUUUUAUUUAUUGUUUAUUGAUGCUCUAUCGAAGGAUCAAUAUCCUGAAAUCUGUGCGAAGUGCUCUGAAGGGCUGGCAUAGGAAAGAAUUUUUCGUUGAAGUGAAUGUUGGUACAUAUAGGAUCCCGAAUCGUCUCACAAUGUCGGAUGCUACGAAUUCGCACAAGUUUGACCUUCCAAAACGUUAUCAGGGCAGCACAAAGAGUGUGUGGGUCGAGUACAUUCAACUUGCUGCGCAAUAUAAGCCAUUGAAUUUAGGCCAAGGAUUUCCAGAUUAUCAUGCUCCGAAAUACGCUACUGAUGCCCUAGCAGCAGCGGCAAAUAGUAUCAAUCCUUUGGCUAAUCAAUAUACGAGAGGAUUUGGACACCCUCGCCUGGUACAGGCUUUAAGCGAUCUGUACUCCCAAUUAGUAAACCGAACCAUCAAUCCGAUGACAGAGGUUUUGGUAACAGUUGGAGCCUAUGAAGCUCUUUACGCAACAAUUCAAGGACAUGUCGAUGAAGGUGAUGAAGUUAUAAUAAUUGAACCAUUUUUUGACUGCUACGAACCCAUGGUCAAAGCAGCUGGUGGUAUAGCGAAAUUUAUUCCUCUGAAACCGAAACUAACAGAAGCUGUUAUUUCAUCGGCUGACUGGACAUUGGACAAUAAAGAGUUGGAAUCACUUUUCAACGAAAAAACAAAGAUGAUCAUUAUUAAUACACCACAUAAUCCACUUGGGAAAGUCAUGAGUUUAGAAGAAUUGGAAACUGUAGCAAAUCUUUGUAAGAAAUGGAAUGUUCUGUGUGUUUCGGAUGAGGUUUAUGAGCACAUAGUGUUUAAACCAUAUGAGCACAUCCGCAUUUGCACACUGCCAGGCAUGUGGGAGAGAACUAUUACUAUCGGAUCAGCUGGGAAAACAUUUUCAUUGACGGGCUGGAAAAUUGGAUGGGCGUAUGGUCCGGACUCGUUGCUGGCGAAUUUGCAAAUGGUCCAUCAAAAUAGUGUUUACACAUGCUGCACGCCCAUCCAGGAAGCAAUUGCUGUUGGAUUUGAGACAGAACUCAAGCGGAUCGGCAGUCCUGAGUGUUACUUUAACAGUAUCUCAGACGAACUUAUGGCCAAGCGUGAUUUCAUGGCCAAAUUCCUAGCAGAUAUCGGAAUGAAUCCAACCGUUCCACAAGGGGGUUAUUUUAUGGUGGCAGAUUGGUCUUCUCUUGCUUCCAAAGUCGAUUUAUCGCAAGAAACGGACACAAGAAAAGAUUAUCGAUUCACGAAAUGGAUGACAAGAACCGUUGGACUGCAGGGAAUUCCGCCUUCGGCGUUCUACAGUGAACCCAACAAGAGUUUGGGUGAAAAUUUUGUUCGUUAUUGCUUUUUUAAGAAGGAUGAUACGCUUCAAAAGGCUGCAUAUAUUUUGGAACAAUGGAAGGAUGGCUUACAAUAACGUGUAGGAUCAAAUUUGUUUCGAUUUGUUGGAAAUGUUAUGGUGCAUUUUAUAGAAAAUAUAGAACAUUUAAAAAAUUA